AUGGACAUUACCAUCCAGCACCCCUGGUUCAAGCGCGCUCUGGGACCCUUCAUUCCAAGCCGUUUGUUCGACCAGUUUUUCGGGGAGGGUCUCCUCGAGUAUGACCUCCUGCCUUUGUUCUCGUCCACUAUCAGCCCCUACUACAGGCAGUCCCUCUUCCGCAGCGUGCUGGAGUCGGGCAUCUCAGAGGUGAGGUCUGAUCGGGACAAGUUUACAAUCAUGCUGGAUGUAAAACACUUCUCUCCCGAAGACUUGAGUGUGAAGAUUAUUGAUGACUUUGUGGAAAUCCAUGGCAAGCACAGUGAAAGACAGGUCCUGCUGAAGGGUGUCCUGUGA